AUGGUAUCUGAAUCUCCUGGGCCUUUGGGCAUUGACGUCUCACGUUCCUCUAUGGAGUCGCCACCAGCCAUUGCCGCCUUGUUCGUCAUCAGCUUCGACAUCAGGGCCGGAUAUGUGGUCUCGUGGAAGCGAACUGUGCCAGGAGUUGAGGUUGAAGGGGUUGUUGAAUACAAAUCACUGCCCUCAGGGUUGCACAAUGUGACUGAGGACCUGGUAUACUUCGUUCAUGAACAGUAUGCCGGUAUCAGCGCGUUCCUCAAUCACCCCGCCACGGAGGCCGAGCGCAAUGCGAAGAUGUUUGCGAUCGGAGUUCUGGUGCCUCUCAGCACCGGAAGACUUGGGAAAAGCUGGCGACACGCGCCAAGGCUCAAGGAACUGGCGCUGAAAUACGCUGAGAACAUGUCGGAUACGCAGUUUCUUCUUCGUUUCCGACCCGGCGACCGACUAGACCACUCGAGUCGCAACCGCGCCUUCAGCGAUGCAAUGCCACUAGAAACGUUCAGACCGGCCUUGACACCCUUCCACCCCGCUUCAUCGCUUCCAGAGUUCACGGAGUGCUUCGGACCUUUGAUCUUCCCCCUCUAUAGAGCAGCUUUGCUGCGCAAGCGGAUCCUCUUCAUGGGCGAGGCUCCUGUACACAGAUCUUGCAACUACGUAUAUGAUCUAUCUCUCUUAGCCUCAUUGCCGAACUCCCUCCUACAGCUACUCCCCGACGAUCGCAUACCACCACUACGCCCCCGUCCCCUCUUCAACGUCGGCAUCCAUGAUAUCCCCUACCUCUCCUCCUUCGAUCCGUCGCGCAGCAUAAUAGACCUUGAAACAGACCCAAGCUGGAUCGCCUGUUCCACAGACACUGUCUUAACCAUGAAACCCGAUCUCUUCGACGUCCUCAUCACCCUCCCCACACCAUAUUCACAACAAACCGCCGAGCGAGCCUUCCCCAAAAUCUCCCUAGUUCAUCACACAGGCGGCAAACCCAACCAAACCCAACAAAUCCAGCUAAAGGCAACCCAGCGCGACGCCCGCCGCUACUCAAUGCUCCGCCGCGGACUCCGCCAAUUCUCCAACGACCGCCCCACAUCCCCAGAACAAGACCCCUCAGACACAGACUCAGCCUACUCCUUCAGCCCGAUCGUCGAGCCAGUCUCCUGGACCCGCCUUGCCUACACUUCCUUCAUCUGGUGGGCCUCCGCCGGCGAGAACCGCGACGGCCUCUCAGAGGAAGAAGAAGAACAGCAGGCAGAACAAGACUCCCGCCUUCUGGCAAGCAUCCAGAAUAUCGCCCGCCCACCCUGCCACUCCGACGCACCCCGCAACAAUCCCCUCCAGGAAGGCCAGGAGCCGCUCGAAGUUGCGCUGGUCGCGUACUUCCGCCGCCUGACGUCGCAGAUCUUCGUUACGUUGGCUGGCGCCAUCGCGCGCUAUGAUAGCGACUUCGACGGUGACGCCUAUAAUGAUGCGCCGUAUAUCGACGAUGAUGAUGAUAUUAUCGAUGCUUCGCUCUCCAUGUCUCGGCAGUCUAUCCAUGGCGACGAGGGGAAUUCCCCUUUACUCCGGCAGCGGUCGAGCGCGGGCGGGUCUGCGAGUCAUGGGUCGAGAGCUGGUCACCGGGAUUCCGAUGCGCAUGAAACUGUCACGAUCACGGUGGCGGAUAUGGCGGAGAUGGGGCUUGAUGUUUGGAGUCCGACGGACCGGGUCUUUGUUGAGGAAUUGGUUUCUUUGUGGUGGGGUCGUGGCGCGAAGGUUGAUAGUGCGAGGAUUAGAUGUUGUGGGAUUUCGAUUUUGUAG